UUGGCAAAGAAACUUCUCCACUCCAAAAAGGAAACAAAAGAAAAAUCAAACAAGCAAAGAGAAUAAUUCAAUCUCUCUUGAUCCAUUUAACCUCAUUUUCUUCUGUUUCUGUAUCUCUUCUCUUCCUCUCUCAUUUCAGAAUUCCUAACUUGCUCACUAUUUCUCUUUCUUUCUUAAUCAUUCUAGCAGGAUGGGCAUGAUUCAUCUUUUUCUUCUAGUUUCUCUAGCUUUCUCAGAUUAUGGUUUUCUGCAGAGAGCUAAAUCUCUUGGCAUCAACUAUGGGCAGGUGGGCAACGAUUUGCCACCGCCAGAUGAAGUUAUCGAACUCUUAACCUCACUCAAAGUCUCCAAAGCAAGAAUCUAUGACACAAAUCCUCAAGUUCUAACAGCAUUUGCCAACUCUAAAAUUGAGCUCAUUGUCACUGUACAAAACGAAAUGCUACCUCUUCUGAUCGACCCUCAACAAGCCCUUCAAUGGGUUACUACCCAAAUCAAACCAUAUUAUCCGACCACAAAAUUCACCGGAAUCGCUGUAGGAAAUGAGGUCUUCACCGACGACGACACAACAUUAUUAUCAUAUCUAGUUCAAGCCACAGUCAGCAUUCAUGGGGCACUGAUUCAAUUAGGGCUAGAUAAUAUUCAAGUCUCAACACCAAAUUCUUUAGCUGUUCUUGCUCAAUCAUUCCCUCCUUCAGCAGGCAGUUUCAAAAGUGAGGUCUCAGGGAUCAUGUCCCAAUUCUUGCAAUUUUUGUCAAGCACAAAGGCACCAUUUUGGAUCAAUGCAUAUCCAUAUUUUGCUUACAAGGAUGAUCCUGACGGGGUUCCAUUAGAUUAUGUUCUUUUUAACCCUAAUUCAGGCAUGAUUGAUCCCUACACAAAGCUGCACUAUGACAAUAUGCUGUAUGCUCAAGUAGAUGCUCUUAUUUUUGCAAUGGCUAGAUUGGGUUACAAUGGAAUUGAGGUUAGGGUUUCUGAGACUGGGUGGCCAUCUAAAGGGGACCCAAAUGAAGUUGGUGCAACCAUUGAAAAUGCAGCAGUUUACAACAGAAAUUUGCUGAGAAGGCAAUUGGAAAAUGAAGGGACACCGUUGAGGCCUAAUCUGAGACUGGAAAUUUAUUUAUUUGCUUUAUUCAAUGAAGAUAUGAAGCCUGGACCAACUUCAGAGAGAAACUAUGGUCUCUAUCAACCUGAUUGUACAAUGGCUUACAAUGUGGGGCUCUCUGCCCUUUCAAGCUCAUCAUCAACAUCAUCAGCUUCCAUUUCUCUCACUUCCUCUGCCACUAAGGCUUCAAGCAAGGGAUAUGAUCAAAGCUUGGUGUACUGGACGUUUGUGUAUUUGCUGAUCUUCCAAGUUUUUUUGAGAAGACCAUUAUAAGGAAUUGGAGUCCAAAUGUACAUAUUCAGAUUUACAUACAUUGCAUUUUGGUAAUUGAGAAACAUAGGGGUCAAUUUUUAAUUUCCCAUUUUGUAGUUUCCAACCAUCAGAAAUUACACUAGAGAGGCACCCCAUAACUAGACCAAAGGAAUUUGCACCAAGUUAGAUAACCCCAUGUAUUUGUAUAUAUUUCUUGAAAAAGUUUUGACAAUUGCUUAUGAAUCACCUCAUCUCCUUCC